AUGGCGAAAAUGCUAAGGGAGAAAUUGAUCACCUAUUACGAGUUAAUCCUACAAGGCAAAGACCCCUCAUCAAGGAGAAGCGACUUCUGGGAUGAAUUUUUUCUAUUAAAAGCUAAUGUAGAAUUUUUAGAAGGAGCUAUUAUGGCAAUGUCUUUAUCUAACCUCAUGCAAAUCAAAGCUAACAUUAAUAACUUGUUUAUCCAGUGCUGCCGAAUGCUUCAGACUGAUGACAACAUGAUUAGAAAUAUCAAUGCUUUGCAGACAUUAUGUGUAUUAGUUCAGUCAAUUUAUUGUAAACAUUCAUCUUCUGAUUCCAGCAUUGAAGUGGUUGACAUCCUGAUUGGUGUCGAUGCUGCAGACUGUCAAAUGAGAAAUCUAAUUGAGUGCUUAUGCAAAUUUUUAUCAGAGGAAUAUCCUGUUAGUGUAAAGAACUUGUGCCUCAAAUUCAUACUCAUCAUCCUAACCUCAAUUGAUAACAUCAGUCAGAAUGUCAUGCUGGAAUAUUUCAUGCUCAACAGCAUAUUUGAAGCUCUCGUAUCAACAUUCUUUCAUCCUGAUGCUCGGGAACACCACGGCUAUGAUGCAGCUGUUGCCCUAGCCCUGUUAGUCAAUUACAGGAAGCAUGAGGUAUUCAUGUAG